GCGAAGGCUUCGGCGACGCUUCGUGAAUUUCCGUCUUUUUUCGGCUGGUUACAUGAAGAUGGAAUCUCCCAGUAAGAACUGGUUGCAACCGGUUGUUAGAUUUUUUUGUGAGGGAGAAGACCAGCAGCAGUGAAAAAGCUCCCCACAUUCACUCCACGAUAACACAUAUAAUAUAUAUUUUAGCACAUUCAAUUGCAUUUUCAAAGCUUUAAGGUUUGCAGAGAAACUAAAGAGACAAAGAGAGAAAAAAAGGCGCAUCACCUUUAAGUUUGCACAGCAUUGCACAUCAAGAAGCUAAUUUAUUUUCAACUGCAAUUCUGUAAGAAAGGAGGGAAAGAGGAAAAGAACGCAUAAGAAAGCAAAAUAUAUCAUCAUUAUUGGAACAACUGUUGCCAACUGUUUUCGCUAAAGACCAAAGAGCCUUUCCGUUUCGCUCUGGGAUUGUGAGGAGCGGAGGAUUUUUUCCCCCCCCAUCUCAAAUAAAUCACAACUCUAAUCAAGGAGAAUCUCGAGAAGGGAUUUGCAAACCAUUUGGACCCCAUGCCAACAAUUAUGACUACCGACCACCCUGCACGUCAGCUUCUGGAUUUUAACCAGAAGCUCGACAUCAAUCUGUUGGAUAACGUGGUAAAUUGUCUAUAUCAUGGGGAAGGCCCUCAGCAACGAAUGGCGCAAGAAAUACUAACUCAUUUGAAGGAGCAUCCAGACGCUUGGACCAGGGUGGACACUAUUCUAGAGUUUUCCCAGAAUAUGAACACAAAGUACUAUGCCUUGCAAAUACUGGAAAAUGUGAUUAAAACACGUUGGAAAAUACUUCCCAGAAAUCAAUGUGAAGGAAUAAAAAAAUAUGUUGUGGGUUUAAUUAUUAAAACAUCGUCUGAGACCUUGGAGAAGGAUAAAGUUUAUCUUGGAAAACUAAAUAUGAUUCUUGUACAGAUCCUCAAACAUGAAUGGCCCAAAAAUUGGCCAACGUUUAUAAGUGAUAUAGUAGGAGCCAGUAGAACCAGCGAGUCUCUGUGUCAGAAUAACAUGGUCAUUCUGAAGCUGCUUAGCGAGGAGGUGUUCGAUUUCUCCAGUGGGCAGAUGACGCAGGUGAAGGCCAAGCAUUUAAAAGACAGUAUGUGCAAUGAAUUCUCUCAGAUAUUUCAGCUCUGUCAGUUUGUAAUGGAGAACUCUCAGAAUGCCCCUUUAGUCCACGCAACACUGGAGACUUUGCUGCGAUUUCUGAACUGGAUUCCUUUAGGUUACAUCUUUGAAACCAAACUCAUCAGCAGCUUAGUGUACAAGUUUCUGAAUGUACCCAUGUUUCGGAACGUAACGUUGAAGUGUUUGACUGAGAUUGCUGGUGUCAAUGUCAGUCAAUAUGAUGAACAGUUCGUCUCUUUGUUUACAUUAACACUCAUUCAGCUCAAACAGAUGCUACCUGCCAAUACCAACAUACGGUUGGCUUAUGCAAAUGGGAAGGACGAUGAGCAGAAUUUCAUCCAGAAUCUGAGUCUCUUCUUGUGCACUUUCUUGAAGGAGCAUGGCACCUUGGUAGAAAGGACACUGGAACUCAGGGAAGCACUCUUGGAUGGUCUACACUACAUGAUCCUGAUAUCGGAGGUGGAGGAGAUUGAGAUCUUUAAGAUUUGUUUAGAGUACUGGAAUCACCUGGCGGGAGAGCUUUAUCGGGAGAAUCCCUUUUCCAUUAGUGCCUCCCCUGCCCUGGGGAGUCCUCACAGUGAUGUCCCUCCCCGGAGGCAGAUCUAUCUCCCGGUGCUAUCGAAGGUGAGGCUUAUAAUGAUCAGCCGGAUGGCAAAGCCAGAAGAGGUGCUUGUGGUGGAGAAUGAACAGGGAGAGGUAGUUCGGGAAUUCAUGAAAGACACAGACUCCAUCAACUUGUACAAGACCAUGAGGGAGACGCUGGUGUACCUCACGCAUUUAGACUACGCGGACACUGAAUGCAUUAUGACAGAAAAGCUGCACAACCAAGUGAACGGUACGGAGUGGUCGUGGAAGAACCUCAACACGCUGUGCUGGGCCAUCGGCUCCAUUAGUGGCGCAAUGCACGAAGAGGAUGAGAAACGUUUCCUCGUCACCGUCAUCAAGGACUUGCUGGGUCUCUGUGAACAAAAACGUGGGAAAGAUAACAAAGCCAUCAUUGCCUCUAAUAUAAUGUACGUGGUGGGGCAGUACCCCCGGUUCCUUCGAGCUCACUGGAAGUUCCUGAAGACCGUGGUGAACAAGCUCUUCGAGUUUAUGCACGAGACACACGAUGGAGUGCAGGAUAUGGCUUGCGACACGUUCAUCAAGAUUGCGCAGAAAUGUCGGCGUCAUUUUGUACAGGUGCAGGUGGGAGAGGUGAUGCCUUUCAUCGAUGAGAUCUUGACCAACAUCAACACCAUCAUAUGUGAUCUGCAGCCCCAUCAGGUUCACACGUUCUACGAAGCUGUUGGUUACAUGAUUGGAGCUCAAACUGACCAGACAGUCCAGGAACAUCUGAUUGAAAAGUACAUGCUUUUGCCGAACCAAGUGUGGGACAGCAUCAUUCAGCAGGCAACCAAGAACGUGGAUAUUCUGAAGGAUGCAGAGACGGUGAAGCAACUGGGGAGCAUUCUGAAGACCAACGUGAGAGCCUGCAAAGCCGUUGGGCACCCGUUUGUCAUCCAGCUGGGGCGGAUCUACCUGGAUAUGCUCAAUGUGUACAAGUGUUUGAGUGAGAAUAUCUCAGCGGCUAUCCAGGCAAACGGUGAAGUUGUCACCAAGCAGCCGUUAAUCAAAAGCAUGAGGACAGUGAAGAGGGAGACGCUGAAACUGAUUUCAGGCUGGGUGAGCCGGUCUUCGGACCCGCAGCUGGUUGCGGAAAACUUUGUGCCCCCACUGCUGGAUGCUGUGUUGAUCGACUACCAGAGGAACGUCCCUGCAGCCCGAGAGCCUGAAGUGCUGAGUACCAUGGCCACCAUAGUGAACAAGCUGGAGAACCACAUCACGGCAGAGGUCCCGCAGAUCUUCGACGCCCUGUUUGAGUGCACGCUGGAAAUGAUCAACAAGGAUUUUGAGGAGUAUCCCGAGCACAGGACUAACUUCUUUCUGCUUCUUCAAGCAGUCAAUAGUCACUGUUUCCCUGCCUUCCUGAACAUACCUCCAGCCCAGUUCAAAUUGGUUCUUGACUCCAUUAUCUGGGCUUUCAAACACACCAUGAGGAAUGUGGCUGACACAGGUUUGUCCAUACUCUAUACCUUGCUGCAGAAUGUCGCACAAGAAGAAGCAGCUGCUCAGAGCUUUUACCAAACCUACUUCUGUGAUGUUCUCCAACAUAUAUUCUCCGUAGUGACAGACACAUCUCACACUGCAGGGUUGACGAUGCACGCUACCAUCUUGGCUUACAUGUUCAGCUUGGUGGAGGAUGGCCGAAUCACUUUGUCUCUGAGCCCUUCAACUCCCAACGUGAAUAAUCAGAUCUUCGUGCAGGAGUUUGUGGCCAACCUGCUGAAAACCGCCUUCCCUCACCUCCAGGAUGCACAGAUCAAAAUUUUUGUGACUGGCUUGUUCAGCUUAAACCAAGACAUUCCAUCCUUCAAAGAGCAUUUGAGAGAUUUCCUUGUACAGAUAAAGGAAUUUGGCGGAGAAGAUACUUCAGACUUGUUCCUGGAAGAAAGGGAAUCUGCCUUGCGCCAGGCUCAGGAAGAGAAGAGAAAGCUUCAGAUGACGGUGCCUGGGAUUUUAAACCCGCACGAAAUAGCAGAGGAGAUGUGCGACUGAAUGGAUCCAAAGUGUUAAGAGGGCAGUAGGGGUGGGUGGGGAUGAAUGAGAGAAGGGCAGUGAAGAAUUAGAGAAAAAGAGAGUGGGACGAAUCUCCAUCUAUCACGUGUGGAAGGAUGUUUUACGAUUCCAGUUUCCGUAUAGCUCAGCAGGGGUUGGUCAUAAGAUUAGAGGUAUUAUCCCAUACCAGUUCUAUUUUAUUUCCCUUUCUGGAUAAGAAUUAUGCUUGCAAAUUGUGAACCCAAACGUCGAAAUCUACAGCUGCUCUUCCUCAGUCAGGCAGUCAGAGUUCAUUUUAAACAUCGAGUUUUUAUUGAGGUGAGACUGGUUAGUUGGGUUAGUGGUAUCAAGUUGCAAAGAGCAAGAGAAAUUGAAUGAAUUAAUCCAAGUAUUUAGAAUGAAAGGUGGGUUGUGGUUGGUGGGGGGGCCCGGAAAGGAAGUUAUUCAUUUGCACAAGUACUCAGAAUGAUUGGGGUGGGGGGGUGUGAUUUAAAAGAGGAUUGGUUAGUGGAGUUGUUCAUUGUGUCUGAGAGGGCUCGAGUUGAGGAUAGAGAUGGACUUGGUGUAGUUUAUAACCUGCUCAUGCUAACCAUGUAUACAUGCUGUGAAGUUUUCAGCAUGUGCCUAGCCUCAAACCCUUCUUCGCCAGCCUCCCCCAACCUCAUUCAGAGAACAUGCCGGGCUGUGCCUCCUGGUUAACAGGGUGUUGUGUUGUCUGGGGACUAUGUGGAAGAAAGGUAGGUUUUGUGGAGAGGAAUGAGUGUGUCUCCUUCUGGGUUUGAAAGGGUUCUGCUCAGUGAGGACAGAAGGUUGGGGUAAGGAUAUGGAUAUUUUAAAACGUAUCAGCACUUCAGUUUUUUUUAGGAGUAUCCGUUCUCUCGACGCCAAAUGUGCCGGUUUUUGUGCAACACUUAGUUCUGUGUGUGCGUGUGUAAACAGUGUUGGGAGACAUUCCUCCUGCUGAGAGAUGGUACUGGGGCUCAGCUAUGUGGGUGGAGCUGGUUUCUGUCUCACGAGAGGUGUGGUAUUUCAUUUAUUCCAUUGCACACCAUCCUGGACCUUGUUUCUUCUUCAUUGUCUGUUUUGGCAUUUGCCUGGCUUCGUCCUUGUGCCCUUGACACAUUCACCCCCUGCCCUGCUUUCUGUCUUCCCCCUCACCCGCAAUCAUCUCAAUCCCCCCCCCCCAUGUCUUUGUGUUCCUCGCCCUGCUUCCUGCCUCGUUUUCAGCAUUUCUGCUCUCAGUGGUUCCCCACCCUUUCCUCCCUACCUUGCGUGGUCGAACCCCGGAUCAUGAUCUUGUGUGUGAACACCUUGCACACAUUGAACUGUAAGGAAUCAGUGGAUCAUCGGUAUGUUGUGACCUGUACUUCUUGCUGCAGUUUUUUUUUCUGUCUCAAUUUAUCCUGUGUCCUCUUCUUGCACCACUUGGACUUCACAUUCACUCUGCAGUCAAAAUAGUUUAUAAUUCCAAUUCACACGUGUUAUUUCUUUUUGGGUGGUGACAGCAACGGGAAUAUUACUGACAGAAACCCUGGUAUUCGUAGCCAGGAGAAAGAAUGCUUGCCUGGAUUUGAAAAAUGGGAAUACUCAAGUUGCUUACCAAUUCAUUCCUCUACCUUACAGUAUUAAAUCAUCUGAUUAAAGGGUUAAUUGAGCUACAGAAGGAAAUGAUGGGGUAAUUUUGAUUAAGGAAGAGGGGUUGCUUUGAAGAAACAAACUAGUAUAAACCCUUGUUUCACUUGGUUCCGUAUGCAAUGUUCCAUUCAGCUUUGGUGGCGUUUCCUUUCAGUUCUGACAGGAGAGGGAGCCCAGUGUUGUGCAUCGUUAGUACAGUAUUUCUGAUGUUUACUUUUGAAUUAUUGGAGCAUGUCUUGUGUACUUCCAUUUUGAAGGAUCCUUUACAGCUUGAGUUAUUCCUGUGGUAAUUCCUGCUCCUUCCCCGCAUGUAUAGUUAGCUGUGAACUCACUGAGAGCUGCGACAUUAUUAUUGUUCUCAUUCCCAUUAAAAGGAGAGGCCUGUUCUUUCUCCCUUGAUGCGUAUUUGUGAACGCAGCAAGUCCAUAGUUUGUCUUUGCACAACAUUCUGUGGUACUGCUGCACAUGUAGUAAUGUACAGGUAUUUGUCAACUCUCUAUCCUGUUCAAAAAAAAUUCUAACAGCUUGUUAGUAUUUAGUCCAAGAGUAUCUUUUAUUCAGACAUUCUAAAUCUCUUUGCAGACAAGCUAGAUUGACAUUAAAUGGAUUUUCAUGCAGGUAUUUUCACUUCAGCACCUCGACUUUUUGAAUUAGCCAAUAGGUCUGCAGGUGAAUUGGUCAACACAACAGAUGGAAUAUUUUUGUCUCUUAGUGCCUUUUCUUGUUAAAAAGAUUUGAGUCUUCAUGAAUUGGAUAAUCAACUAAGCUUUUUUGUCUCAAUACAGCCCUGUCCAAGAGAAGCAAAUUUGGUAAUUACUAUUUUUAAAACAUUGCAUCUUCUCCCCUACCUCCGCCUCAUUCUCUGUAUCUUGUCUCAGUCAAGAUGUGCUAUCAGGAAGGGUGAUAGCAUAACCUGGGAUUAAUUUUGUGUUUGUGGCAGUCACUGGAAAUAAUCUACCUUGGUCUCACUAAUAUUGGGUUAUACACGCAUAAUACAGUACUAGUAUUCUAUUCACAGUGUGUGCGCCUGUGCAAAUUGGGUUCUCUUGUGUGCAUUUUUUGAUUCUGUUUAUUGCUUUGGGAAGUUGACUAUGAACUGUCUUGUCUUUCAAUACUUGUACAGAAAGUCUUGUUUAAAAAAUCUGUGUAAUUUAACUGUGUUACACUGUAUUAGAAAUGCUUUUUUUGGCAGGAUAUUGCAAGUAUACAUAAACUUGCAACCUCCUGCUAUUCAGAGUACCUCCCUUCUUUUUUUUUAAAGCAAACUUGUACAGGUUGUAAUUAAGAAGAUUAGAAUAGAAAUGUUGACUUUUUUUAAUAAAUAAGAUUCGAUAAAUUA